UACACUCAUGUACCUCGAGCUCUAGAAAAAACACCUCCAACUCCUUCAAUGUUGAAACUCCACAAUUAAACCGGAUUGUGUUGACAAAAGCCGACAAAAGGCGCUUUCGUAAUUUUUUUGCGCACCAACCCCGUAGAAAGCAAUAACGGAAUACAAGGGGACAGACCGAUUCAGUCAAUACUUCAAUACUGUUAUGAAGCGAGAAUGAGUAGCGCAGAAGACAGCGGGAGCAAGUGCUCGUCGGGCCCGAUUUCCAGCUUUACUAUCCAGUCUAUUUUAGGCACGCCAUCCGAUGAGCCGCGCUCCGGGACCAAGGAGCUCUCCAAGGGGCCGCCGCCAGCGCCGCGGAGGCGCUCACUGUCGGUGUCGUCCGAGGAGGAGUGCAGCGGCGGGGAGGACUCAGCAGACUGCUUCUGCUCCGACACGGGUCACAGCGAGCCGUGCACCCAGCACCAACCCCAUAACUUUUCCUGUUUAGGUCCCGCUAAAGGACUUCUGUCUGGAAAUGACGGGCUCGCACGGCGGCCGCACCUGUCACAGCCUCUGCUGCAGGAUUAUAAGGAGGAGCAGGAGAGACCGUGCCAUCAAAUGUCACCUCUGUCGGAGGAGAGACAAACAGACGGUGCGGACAAGCAGGGCAGCUCGGCCAAAAAGAAAACGCGCACGGUUUUCUCCCGGAGUCAGGUGUACCAGCUGGAGUCCACCUUCGACAUGAAGAGGUACCUGAGCAGCUCGGAGCGGGCCUGCUUAGCCUCCAGCUUACAGCUGACGGAGACUCAAGUCAAGACGUGGUUUCAGAACAGGAGGAACAAAUGGAAACGACAGCUCUCUGCUGAACUGGAGGCGGCCAACAUGGCCCACGCCUCCGCACAGACACUAGUGGGGAUGCCGCUGGUUUUCAGAGAUAACUCCUUACUGCGUGUUCCCGUCCCUAGGUCUAUCGCGUUUCCGACGCCCCUGUACUACCCGGGAAGCAACCUGCCAGCGUUACCUUUAUACAACUUGUAUAACAAAAUCGAGUACUGAUUGACUCUGCUGUAUGUUCACUGCAGUCCACGAAAAAAGCAUUACAAAACAAUACGACAUUCUAGGUGUCUCAUAAGCCUUGUAUAUCAAUUGUAUCACUUUUUUGUUGAGAAAACUCUUAUUAUGCAGUUAUUGUAUGUCUCGAAAGAAAGCAAUCAAGCUUCCCUAU